AGGAGUCUGGUUCUGCUUCUGUCCCCAUCACCCCCCAUGUCCAGUGUGGGAUAUUACAGGAGCGCGAUCAGUCUUCAUGGGCUAUAGUCAGUGACUAACACUAUGAGCAGAGGCCAUGGGCCCUCCACUAGGUGCUGAUUUCUGUAUAUUCUGCAGGGGCAGAUGACUCCCUAGCGCCACCUGCUGGUGUCGGAUUUCUUAGGGCCUCUCUUUCUUGGCAGGACUGUUUCGCUGUGAUCCGCGGCGGGGUGGACGACACAACACGUCUUCUGGAAAACAAGUUUGAUUAUAUUUUCUUUACAGGUAACCCCCAUGUGGGUCGGAUUAUAAUGACGGCCGCAGCCAAGCACUUGACCCCGGUGACCCUGGAGCUCGGUGGGAAGAACCCGUGUUAUGUCCAUGAUGACUGUGACAUUAAGAAUGCGGCGCAGCGGAUCGCGUGGGCCCGUUUCUUUAACGCCGGUCAGACCUGCCUGGCCCCCGACUACGUUCUGUGCUCCGACAACAUCAAGGAGAAACUGCUGAGUGCCCUGCAGACCACUGUCCACGAGUUCUAUGGAGAAGACCCCAAACUGUCCCCAGACCUGGGGCGAAUCAUCAGUGAGGGGCACUUUAAGCGGGUCUCCGCCCUACUCACCUGUGGGAAGAUUGUGACUGGAGGACAAACCGACCAAUCCGAAAAAUACAUUGCCCCCACUAUCCUGGUAGAUGUGAAGGAGACAGACCGGGUGAUGCAGGAGGAGAUCUUUGGGCCAAUUCUGACCAUUUUCUCAGUGUCUGGAUUUGAUGAAGCCGUCAACUUUAUAAACGACAGAGAGAAACCAUUGGCCGCGUACGUCUUCUCCUCCAGUUCCCAGAUUGUCCACCAAUUCCUGGACCGGACAAGCAGCGGCGGCUUCUGCGCGAAUGACGGCUUCAUGCACACCACCAUCCCCAGUCUGCCCUUCGGAGGGGUCGGACACAGCGGGAUGGGCAUGUAUCACGGCAAGUUCAGCUUUGACACCUUCUCUCACAGACGCGCCUGUCUCCUGCGCAGUGAUGGGCGUGAAAAACUGAACGCGUUGCGAUAUCCGCCAUACAAAGAGAACCGCCUGGGGUUCAUCCUCUACUCCACCGAAACAAAGCCGAAAUCCGCCUGCGUCCUGAUGUGAGAGGACUCCGGGGACGGACAGAAGAGUGCAGCGUUAUCUCCUCGUGCUUACGGCCUCCUCCCCCCUAGGUGUAAUGGGGGAGGAGGAUGAGGAAAAGACCAAUCUACUAAAUGUCUUCUCCUGACAUUAUACAGGAUAUGAUCGGCUUAUCCCCUGCCUGUAAACUGAUCCUACUCAAAGAAAUAAAGAAAGAAGCGUCUGA